AAAGUUUUAAAUUUUCUUAAGUUGAGAAAAAAAGCAUUUAAAGUUGGCAAAAAACAAUUAAUGAUUAAUACUUAACUACUAUCUAAGUAAAUCAUAUACAAAUAAUUUAGAAAUAUCUAUCUAUCUCUCUAUCUAUUGAAGACUGACUUAAUUAGUUUUUUACCUAAAAUUAAAAAGCAAAAAACCUUAUUAGAAAUGGAAAUCGAUGACUAAGAGAUGAUUUUGGAAAACCAAAAUUAAUUUGAAACUGAUCAUGAUAAUAAUAUGUUUUUAGUUCCUUUUGAGUAUAAUUCCCCUUUUGGAUCAUAAAAUAAUACAGAUCAAAAAAAUAGUAGCGAUGAAAAUAUAGAAAGCGAAGAGUAGGAAUCUAAAGAAGAAACAAUAGAUUUAGCUGCAUUAAAAGCAUUGAAAGAAAUGAAGAGGAAGAAAAGGAUACAAAAAAAAAUAAAAAAAGAAAAUGACUUAGUUAAUAAAAUGACAUUUGUUAUAUAAAAUAGCGUUUCUAGAGAGUUGUUCAAAUUGAAUUGUGGAGUUUUUGUUACUUUAGAUGGAGUUCUAAGAUAUUGUUACUGUCUUACUCCGAUUAGCUUUGGAUUUUAUCCAACAAGAAUAGUUAAAAUAGAAGAAAGGCAUAAUCUAGGCAUUAUAGACAUCAAUCAUUAGAUUGAUAGACUUGUGCCAAAAAAAUCUAUUGAAGAUUGCGUUGAUCUCAUGAUGAAUAGAAAUAUAGCUAAUCUAAACAAGCAAGAACUUUGCAAUCAAUUGGCUGUUUUUGACUAACUCACUAAAUCAAUCUAUUAUUCAGCGAAGUCAUCCGAGUAGAUGAGAAGCAUCAAAGAGCAGGAAUUCAAAGAGUUUAUUUAAUGCGCUUUUGAUUACAUAGAAGAAACAUAAAAAAAUGAGAAAAAUAAGUUUUUUGUCUUUAACAUUGGCAGAUAUAAUUUUAUUGACUAAGAGGUGGAGUUAGCCCAUACAGGUAUAUCAAAAAGCUAUCUUUCUAUGCUAGGUUUGGAUUGUGCUUCUUUCAAGACAGUGAUUCUAAGAAACCAGAAAAUAGAUUUAAUUCAAGAUAAAGCAGAUGUAAUAUACUAAGCUUUAAAAGGUAUUGGUCUAAAAAUGAAAUAUAACCACAAUGAUAGUUAUACAGCUAAUAUAAAUACUUUCGAUGGCUAUCCUCUCCAAGUCUCCUAUUCAGUAAGAAAUGUCACCUUAUCUUAAAAAUUAAACGACAAAUUCGGUAGAGAGUACAUACUUUCAAUAGUACAUGCUACUUUAUCUCCACAACAAAUGUAAGGUUUAGUAGACUAUAGACAAAAGUUAAUGCAUAACUAUAAUAAAUUCUCUAUCGAUGAAUACAUUAGAAAAGAGUUAUCAUACUUCUUCGAAGACGUUGAAUAUUCAAUACAGUCCUAGCAGUUCUUAGAAAAGUAUUACAAAGAAAACCUUAGAAAUUUAUUAUCAAAAGAUGAGCAUGCUUCAAUUUUCGAUAAUCAAGAAAAAAACUCAAAAGAGUGUGGCUUUAGAGGAGUUUUUAUAUGA